AUGUUGUCCACCUUUGUCUGUUUAAACGCACUUUUUUUUGUGUGUUACAUUUUUUUUUUUUUGAAGAAUAAGAUUGGUUAUAACACAUGCAAAAGAAAAAAAGGCUGUAUCGAAAUUGGAGUGGUCUUAGGCUCAGGAGGUCAUACAUUUGAGAUGUUGGAAAUAUUAAAGCUCAUAAAAGAUAGGAAUAUAAGUUUUCAUUUUUUUUACGCAAAUAAUGACUUAUUAAGUAAAGAAAAAGCUGAAAAUGCAUUAAAGGAAUAUAAAAAGGACUUUAUAGUAAUUCCAAGAUGUCGAAAUGUUGGUGAGUCUUACAUAGUAUCAUUAGUAAAAUUAUUUUUCACAUUCAUAUAUUGCAUAUUUUUAACCUAUAAAAUGAAUAACAUGAACACGAUAAUAGUAAAUGGCCCAGGAACAUGCCUACCGGUUGUAUUCUCCCUAUUAUUCAGAAAGUAUUUUUUUUUUAAAAAAAUCACAAUUGUUUAUUUGGAAAGCAUUUGCAGAAUAUAUUCCCUCUCACUAACAGCUAAAAUUUUGUAUUACUUUUCUGAUUUGUUUGUUGUAUUUUCUGAACAUUUACAGAAAAAAUACAAAAAAGCGAAAUAUUAUGGUUAUUUGUUCUGA